UGGAACCGAUCCGGAUGCGGAUCGACUGAUUAGAACAUGCUAAAGAAAAUAGCAGAGAAAAAAAAAGUAAACAACCCCAAGAUUUCAGGACCUAGUUUCUCUCUCAUCCUUCACCAAAAGCAUCGAUGGUACGUUUACAGCCGGAUCCGUUCCUCAAUGAACUUACAAACAUGUUCGAGCGGACUACAGAAAAAGGCUCUGUGUGGGUUACGUUGAAGCAUUCUUCUGACAAGUCUAAGUUGAAACGAGAUAAGAUGAAGACAGCUGGGGAAAAAAUUGAGUACAAGUGCCUCGUUCGAGCUACAGAUGGCAAGAAGACCAUUUCAACAAUGGUUGGUGUGAAAGAUCAUCAGCGGUUUCAAUCGAGUUAUGCAACAAUUCUGAAAACGAGGAUGACUGCAUUGAAGAAGAGGGAGAGAAAGGAUAAAAGAAAGGCAGCAGAUUCCGAUAAAAAACAGGAUCCUAAGAAGCAAUCUUCUGCUGUGAAACCCUCUAACUAAACUCGAUUUUUCUUGCUUCAUUCUCUUCCUAAACAGUAUCGUUCGUUGUAAGUUUUUCUUUUGGUUAAAUGACUUUCAUACAUUUCCUUCUUACAAUACUGAGAAAUCUAACAAUUUAUUGUGACAUUAGAUGAUUUUGGCCAUUUUGAAUUUUGAUAUAUAAGACCAUUUUUUAGUCUC